ACUUUGUCUUGGUAAAAUUAUUGUUUAUGCAUCCGUGACAAUACUAUUGCUAGGUAGAUUAAAACAAUGGCCGACACUCUAACAUAAAGUUAUAUUUUGUAUAGAAAAGAUGAGAAAACGUUUUUUUAUAAGAUAAUUAGGAAAUAUGGAUGUUCUUCUACGGAAAGUGAAAUUUCCAACAUAAGAUGAUUUUGUGGCAACAGCCGUCAUACUGGUUCAUCUCUUUCAUUCUUCUUCUUCAAAAUCAUGAUGUCAUAGAUGCAGCUUGUUUAUUUCCUAUGAAUAGCGGGUCAUGGCAUUCAACAGACAAAGGAUCGCUUUCCAUUACAUCAAAUAUAAUAAUAGAUUAUCCAACGUCAACAUUUGGUAGCCUUAGUUUUGAAUGCUAUACAAGUUCUGGAACCCAAUAUGUAGCAAGAUCAACUACUUUUACACGUUAUGGUGUGGACGUUCGAGCAUAUUUAUGCUUUAAGCUUGUAAAAGUCACCACGUUCCAAUACUAUUACUAUGAAGAUUCGGUAAAGGAUUCAACACUAAGUAACGAAAGGAUGAAGACAGUAGCAAACACAGCAACUGUAACGGUCGCUGAUAUCUGUGACAGAACGGUGUACGCAUAUGGUUCAUAUAACAUAAUGGUGCAAGAUGGAUACGCAUCUGAAGCAGCUUCGACCUGUUCCAGUGUUAUUCAGGGUGAAUGGUCAUACAACUUUACUGAUAGUUCAGGGAAUUCAGCGUGUAACUUCGAUUCUUCCGUUGACAUCUGUACAGAUAAGAGUGCUUUAGCUUUUAACUACACACAGUGUACACAGAACAUCAUGUAUUCGGCUCAAGGAGACCUGUAUUGUUUAUAUUCAUCAUCUGGAAACUCCAUGACAUAUCAACAUGUACUUAAUUUGGACACAACAACGGACGAAUCUACCACCUACAGAAUAUCAUGUUUGGUUAUGUCAACUGAUGGGAAUUCACGAUACAUGACACAGUAUCCCAAUAAUUGUUAUGAUGGUCAGACUUCAAAAUCUGUGUCAUCUCCAGGUGCUUCGAUAGAAUUUUCACUGAAGAGUAAGUGUGUAUCGGUAGCUGUCGUAAGUUUCAUAUGUUUAAUUGAAUGGCUUUUGAAAUGUAAGAACACUAUCUCCUUACAGCAAGUAAUUAUUCUACAGAAACAAAAAUCUUAA